AUGGAGGCGCAAGGCUAUAAUGAAGCGUAUGCAGCUGUACCAGCCUCCCCUUCUCUUGAGGCCUUGCCUCCUAUGGAUGGCCUCGACAAACACCGGGAUCUAUUCAUCAAGAUCAUGGACACCAUCUUGGUGAACUGUGUGAGACUCAAUGAUGCGCUUGGCAGAUACGGACGCCAAACAAAGGAGAGAAUGGUGACAACCAACAUCGAGAAGGUUCGGGGCUGCGUGAAUCAGCUCGCUCAGUUGGGGUACGCAGAAGCAAUCUAUGCCAUCAAGAAAGAGAAUGCUCUAUUUGCGAGCAAGCACAUCCAAGUUCAGUACAACGAAACCGUUUAUUGGGAGAUCAUCAAGAAAGGUGCGGCCCUUCUGGAUCCGGCGAAGCUGCCGACCUCUAAGGGACCCCUUGAUGAAUUCACCAUGGCUGAAAAGGUUGCAACUGAAGCUUUCAUGAAGGAAGCAGGUUACGGACUCAGCCUUGCAAACAAGCGACUUUGUCGCAUACUCUGGAAGCGGUUGUCCGAGAUGCGGAAAGUUGGCGUGGAUCGACUUCUCCUGUAUCGUACGAAAGAAUUCGACGACUUCUGCAGGAAUUAUAAACCAGAAUGUGAGGUCUCGCUGGAAGAAACGGUUCGGAGCUGGGAAGAAAAGUACGGCCUACACUUUGAACAACUAGAAGACCGAAUCACGCGGGAGAGCCAGGGGGAUUUUACGGGAAGACUAUGGCUGAGUCAGCCGCAUGUGGUGGAGAGGUUGGAGGUCCAGGACCUUUCUUGGAACAGUGCGGACAACCCGUGGUUUUCCGACGCGGAAGAAGCCGCGUUCCAAUCAAGUGGGGCCUGUGGGCCGGCGGCCGCCCAGCUUGGGGGUUUCUUUGACAUCUAUACAGGAGCGGAGGGGAUGAGGAAUAAAUCGAUCUUUGUUACUCUUUUGCCCAAAGACGAGAUUUUCCUUUCGGUUUGUCCCAUUAUUUCGGUUAACAAGGGGGACUUUUUAGGGAUUUUGGCGGGGGAUAUUCGGUACUCGGACAACUUCAGCGUUUCACACGGCGUUCCCGGUCCUGAAGACAAACUUUGGUUGGACUACUCCAAGGUGACUGGAACGCUCAACUUGAUGGGAGUAGCGGUCCCUGGUAAAAGCUCGAAUGUGUAUCUUCAAUGGGAGCUUGCUCAUAAGCAGGACGGAAGAGAGUCAUGUCUAACGUGGAGGGUUGCAGUUCGAGCCCUCAGGGCGAUUCGGCCCUUUGAAGAGCUUAUUCGGGAUGCUGCCCACAAAGAACAACGUCUCUUACAUCAGUCGCCAAGUUUUGCUAGAAAGGGUUUUCUGCAAGAUGAUCAGUUCUAG